AUGCAAGCAGCCAGCCUGAAGGAGCCCGAGAGGGCGGGAUCUGGGAGACGUUGUGCAAAGCUGAAGCGCAGGGACACAUCCCAGACCUCCAGCCUCCCUGCCAAGCUCUCCCAGCAUCUAGGCUUCUGCCUCAGCGACGUCCUCGCCGUGUGGCACCGGGAGCCGCGGCCCCUCCCGCCAAAGGAAGUGAGAGGGGGCUGUUUAAGAGGAACUAGGGCUGGGAGUCUGUUGAAGGAGAAGGAACAGGGCCAUGCCCAAACCACCCCCCGGAGCUCCCUGAGCCUGUACCCCUGCCACAACCCCUUUGGGCACCCCCAGGAACCCAGAAGCCAGCCCCCACCAUGGUAAGGCAGCAAAGAGCGCUUCCACUGGCAGAGCCACAAUGUGAAACAGAGCGGCGUGGACGACAUGGUGCUGCUGCCCCAGAUCACUGAGGACGCCAUCGUGGGCAACCUCCGCAAGCGCUUCAUGGACGACUAUAUCUUUACCUACAUUGGCUCCGUGCUCAUCUCCGUAAACCCCUUCAAGCAGAUGCCUUACUUCACUGAGCGUGAGAUCGACCUCUACCAGGGCGCGGCCCAGUAUGAGAAUCCCCCACACAUCUAUGCCCUCACGGACAACAUGUACCGGAACAUGCUCAUCGACUGUGAGAACCAAUGUGUCAUCAUCAGUGGAGAGAGUGGAGCUGGGAAGACGGUGGCAGCCAAAUACAUCAUGGGCUACAUCUCCAAAGUGUCCGGUGGGGGCGAGAAGGUCCAGCACGUGAAGGACAUCAUCCUGCAAUCGAACCCAUUGCUCGAGGCCUUUGGCAACGCCAAGACCGUGCGCAACAACAACUCCAGUCGCUUCGGCAAGUACUUUGAGAUCCAGUUCAGCCGUGGCGGAGAGCCAGAUGGGGGCAAGAUCUCCAACUUUCUGCUGGAGAAAUCCCGCGUGGUCAUGCAGAAUGAAAAUGAGAGAAACUUCCACAUCUACUACCAGCUGCUGGAAGGGGCCUCCCAGGAGCAGCGGCAGAAUCUGGGACUCAUGACCCCCGACUACUAUUACUACCUCAACCAAUCGGACACCUACAAGGUGGACGGCACUGAUGACAGGAGCGACUUCAGCGAGACUCUGAGUGCCAUGCAGGUCAUCGGGAUCCCACCCAACAUCCAGCAGCUGGUCCUGCAGCUCGUGGCGGGGAUCCUGCACUUGGGAAACAUCAGCUUCUGCGAAGAUGGGAAUUACGCCCGGGUGGAGAGUGUGGACCUCCUGGCCUUUCCUGCCUACCUCCUGGGCAUCGACAGUGGGCGGCUGCAAGAGAAGCUGACCAGCCGCAAGAUGGACAGCCGCUGGGGUGGGCGUAGUGAGUCCAUCGACGUGACCCUCAACGUGGAGCAGGCGGCCUACACCCGUGACGCCUUGGCCAAGGGGCUCUACUCCCGUCUCUUUGACUUCCUCGUGGAGGCCAUCAACCGUGCUAUGCAGAAGCCCCAGGAAGAAUACAGUGUUGGCGUGCUUGACAUCUAUGGCUUCGAGAUCUUCCAGAAAAAUGGCUUUGAGCAAUUCUGCAUCAACUUUGUCAAUGAGAAGCUACAGCAGAUCUUUAUCGAACUCACCUUGAAGGCUGAGCAGGAGGAGUACGUACAGGAGGGCAUCCGCUGGACCCCCAUCCAGUACUUCAACAACAAAAUCGUCUGUGACCUCAUCGAAAACAAGCUGAACCCCCCAGGCAUCAUGAGUGUCCUGGACGACGUGUGCGCCACCAUGCACGCCACAGGCGGCGGUGCCGACCAGACGCUGCUGCAGAAGCUACAGGCGGCCGUGGGCACCCACGAGCACUUCAACAGCUGGAGCGCCGGCUUCGUCAUCCAUCACUACGCUGGCAAGGUCUCCUAUGAUGUCAGCGGCUUCUGCGAGAGGAAUCGGGAUGUUCUCUUCUCCGACCUCAUAGAGCUGAUGCAGACCAGUGAGCAAGCCUUCCUCCGGAUGCUUUUCCCUGAGAAGCUGGAUGUGGACAAGAAGGGCCGCCCCAGCACUGCUGGCUCCAAGAUCAAGAAACAAGCCAACGACCUGGUGGCCACGCUGAAGAGGUGCACACCCCACUAUAUCCGCUGCAUCAAACCCAACGAGACCAAGAGGCCACGUGACUGGGAGGAGAGCAGGGUCAAGCACCAGGUGGAGUACCUGGGCCUGAAGGAGAACAUCAGGGUACGCCGGGCGGGCUUCGCCUACCGUCGCCAGUUCGCCAAGUUCCUGCAGAGGUACGCCAUUCUGACCCCCCAGACGUGGCCACAGUGGCGGGGGGAUGAGCGUCAGGGGGUCCAGCACCUGCUGCGAGCUGUCAACAUGGAGCCAGACCAGUACCAGAUGGGGAGCACCAAGGUCUUCGUCAAGAACCCCGAAUCGCUCUUCCUUCUGGAGGAAAUGCGAGAGCGCAAGUUCGAUGGCUUUGCCCGUACCAUCCAGAAGGCCUGGCGGCGCCACGUGGCAGUACGGAAGUAUGAGGAGAUGCGGGAAGAAGGUGAGAGGCAGUAGGUGGGAGGCUCAGGGUGGAGACAANNNNGCAUCAAUCGGAACUUUGUCGGGGACUACCUGGGGCUGGAGGAGCGGCCAGAGCUGCGUCAGUUCCUGGGCAAGAGGGAACGCGUGGACUUUGCCGACUCAGUCACCAAGUACGACCGCCGCUUCAAGCCCAUCAAGAGGGACUUGAUCCUGACGCCCAAGUGUGUGUAUGUGAUUGGGCGAGAAAAGGUGAAGAAGGGAUCCGAGAAGGGCCAAGUGCGUGAGGUCCUCAAGAAGAAGGUGGAGCUCCAGGCCCUGAGAGGAGUCUCCCUCAGUACGCGGCAGGACGACUUCUUCAUCCUCCAAGAAGACACAACGGACAGCUUUCUGGAGAGCAUCUUUAAGACUGAGUUUGUCAGCCUCCUGUGCAAGCGCUUUGAGGAGGCAGCACGGAGGCCCUUGCCCCUCACCUUCAGCGACACACUACAGUUCCGGGUGAAGAAGGAGGGCUGGGGCGGAGGUGGCACCCGCAGCGUCACUUUCUCCCGGGGCUCCGGCGACGUGGCGCUACUUAAGGCUAGCAGCCGGGCCCUCACGGUCAGCGUGGGUGAUGGGCUGCCCAAAAGUUCCAAGCCUACACGGAAAGGAAUGGCCCACGGUAAACCUCGAAGGUCGGCCCAGGCACCUUCCCGGGCAGCCCCUGCGCCCCCCAGAGGUCUGGACCGCAACGGGGUGCCCCCCUCUGCUAGAGGGGGCCUUCUGCCCCUGGAGAUCACAUCUGGAGGGGGCUCCCAGCGGCCUCCCCGAGGCCCUCCAUCCUCAGCCCUGAGGGCCAGCAGACGCCCUCGGGCACGGCCCCCCUCGGAGCAUAACACAGAAUUCCUCAAUGUGCCAGAUCAAGGAGUGGCUGGGAUGCAGAGGAAGCGCAGCAUUGGGCAGCGGCCAGUGCCUGGUGUGGGCCGACCCAAGCCCCAGCCACGGACACAUGGCCCACGGUGCCGGGCACUGUACCAGUAUGUGGGACAAGAUGUGGAUGAGCUGAGCUUCAACGUGAAUGAGGUCAUAGAGAUCCUCAUGGAAGAUUCCUCGGGCUGGUGGAAAGGCCGGCUGCACGGCCAGGAGGGCCUCUUCCCAGGAAACUACGUGGAGAAGAUCUGAGUGGGGGGGCCCAGAAUUCUAUCCUCCUACCUGCUAGGGAGCCAGGCCCGGCCAGCAGGGCUCUCGUUUCCCUUGGCUGCAUUGGCCAGAAGGUGUAGUCUGGUGGCCUCCAGCCUAGCCCAGCCCAGGCCCUGGGUGGGUCUGGGAGUCACCUGCAGCCACCCCUGAGCCCUGGACUGUCCCAUGUCACACCACCUUCCUUUUGUUUUACACAGGGCUAACAGCAGAGCCUACCUCCCAGCUGCCUUACGAGUACAAAAUGAGGCAUGUCCUGUCAGCAAAGGGUGGGGCAUAGUUGGGGGGCCUUGACAAGCAUGACCUCCCUCCUUCUCUCUUUACUGAAGCAAUAAAUGUUUGCUGGGUCGAAGUAUCAA